CCAUCGAAUCUAUGACGACCUCCCCCUCCUUCGUUCAAGUUAAACGGCCCGAUGUACCAGGUUUACCAGAGUGUGCUCCUCAGCAAGUGUGUAAUGCCAUGUUCCUCCGACUCAACCACACUCAACACUUAUGUAACUGCCCGUCAUCCUUCCCUAAUCCGUGCCCCGUGUCACAAGACCAAGAAGAUGGCCACACACUUAAUCUCGUGGCAGAUAAAAAAGGCCAGGUUCUUACAUCAGUGAAGAUCUGUGAUCCGAUUUUAACGAUAAAAACUUGCGAUGCUCAACAGGAUUGGAUGCUGCUGGCUCUACAGAGCAUGCGCACAGGAAAAGCUCAUUAUUUGGUGAUUUGUCAGUGUCCGUCAUCAGGAGAACUCAUAGGACCAAUCAGCCACGAAAAUCCGCCUUAUGCCGACAUCCCUGGCAUUCGAGUAUUUGGGAUGAUCUGCGCACGAGGGGAGAGAAGCGCUCGACGGUCGGAAAAAGCUUACCCCGAAGUACCUUGGGACCGAAUCAUCAAUUUUAUGAACACCACCGUGUGGCGUAGUGAACUGUGAAUAUUACACGAGGUGACGUUAUUUUAUAUCAAUUGGAUUAUUCUUAAC